UCUGUCUAGAACCAAAUAAAAUAUUAAAAUAUUAAAAUUCGAAAAUUGUUCAACAACACUAUUACCUACCUAUGUAAUAUUAAUUUUUCUUUGAAUUCUAAACAAAUAUCACAUUUGGAUUCAUUGUUGGGUACCAGUGCAGUAAAUUAGAAAAUUAUGGUCAAUAUCGUCAGAUUUUGUCGUUUUUUUAGUAGUAAAUCAGCUGCUAUUACAAAAAUCCAUCGAAAUAUUUAUCCACAACAUUACCUCACUAAAGUAAUUCAACCAGAUGGUUCAAGCUUUACCAUUAGAUUUAAUGAUCCUCGUAUGAUAAUUAAAUUACCUUUAGACAUGGAAUUAAUAAGUGAAGAAGAACGCAAACGCAGAAUGGAAGCGAGAAAGCCAAAACAAAAGGUUAAAAUAGUAGAGGAAUUGGAAGAUUCAUUUGACAGGACAAAGUAUUUAAAAUAUUUUAAAAAGUGACUAUAAUCAUGUUUAUAUACAGAGUAUAAAAUUUGUACAAUAAAUAUGAAUUAAUGAUAA